UAUUGCUUAAACCCAGCCACCCACCCAGGCCAAAACCUCGCGGUCGCGGCGAGGCAUCCGUCAGCUCAGCUCGAUGCUGCCGCGGAGGAGACGACGCCUUCUCCGACGAUCUCCCCUCCAAUCCAAUCCAACCCAAAUCAUCCCUCCUCCCCUCUCGCCGCCGCCCGCCGCCAAGCCCAGCCCCAGCCGCCCGCCUCCUGGAGCCGUCGGCGUACGGCCGCCUCCUCCUGGCCGCGUCGAGGACCCGCGCGCUGGCGCUGGGCAAGCUCCUCCACUCCCACAUGCUCCGCGCCGCCUACAGGCCGGGCCUCUUCCUGCGCAACAACCUCCUUGCCCUCUACUGCCGCUGCGGCGACAUGCGCCACGCCCGCCUCCUGUUCGACGGAAUGCCGCGCAGGGACGCCGUCUCGUGGAACACGCUCAUCGCCGGCUACUCCGGCCUGGGCUCUUGCCGCCUGGCCCUCGACGCGUUCCGGGACGCUCGGGCCAGCGGGGAUGGUGUGGAUAGGUUCACGUUCGCCGCGGCGCUUGCCUCGUGCGCCCGCGUGGGGGACUGGAGGGACGGGCGGGUGGUGCACGGGCUGGCCGUGGUGAGCGGGCUUGCACGGACCGCGUUCCUGACCAAUUCGGUCAUUGACAUGUAUGCCAAAUGUGGGAUGAUUGAUGAGGUGAGGCUGCUGUUCGAUCGAGCCGAGGAACGGGGCGAGGCUUCUUGGAACCUGCUGUUGUCAGCGUACGUGAGGAUGGGGUGGCCAGAGGUGGCAGUGAAUGUGCUUGUUUGGAUGCACCGGUCGGGGGUGAAGCUGGACAGUUUUGCUUUGGGUGGCAUCCUCAAGGCUUGCUCUGAGCUAGGUGAUUCAGAGGAUGUUCGGAGGAUGCUGCACAGUUGUGUGGUUAAGGUUGGUUUGGACUUGGAUGUGUUCGUCGGGAGUGCAAUGGUGGACAUGUACGCGAAGAAUGGGGGAUUGGAGGAGGCGAUCAAGGUAUUUGAUUGCAUCCCUAAUCAAAAUGUGGUAGUUUACAAUGCCAUGAUAGCAGGAUUUGCUCGGUUGGGUAAUGACCCGUGCCCUGAGAUUAGAAUCGAAGCAGUCACGCUUUUUUCAAACAUGCUCAAGAAGAGGAUAAAACCGUCAAAGUUUACGUUUAAGAGUGUGCUUGAAGUGUGCAAUUUGACCAAUGCAGUGCGAUGUGGUAGGCAGAUACAUGCCCAUGUCAUACUCAGUGGGCUUCAAGGUGACGAGUUUAUUGCAAGUGUGCUGAUUAACUUGUACUCAAAAGCACGGUGUGUAAAUGACAGUCUGAGAUGCUUCGAUAUGACCGUUAAAGAAGAUGUCUUCAUAUGGACAUCCAUGAUUACAGCAUUUGUGCAGAACGAGCACUUUGAGAAGGCACUAUACUUGUUUAGGGAGCUUCUCUACACCAGAAAAGGGACAGAUCAAUUCACCAUAUCAAGUGUGAUGAGUGCCUGUGCUGCUCUUUCUGUACCAACAACCUGUAAGCAGAUACACUGUCAUGCAGUCAAAACUGGUCUUGAUCAAUUUACUGUCUCUGGCAAUUCCCAGAUUGCUAUGUACAGGAAUAUAGGUGAUCUUAAGGCUUCAAAACAGACAUUUGAGCAGAUUUCAUGUCUGGACACUUUCUCAUGGUCCGCUAUGAUCCUGAGCUAUGCGGUUCAUGGCUAUGAAAGCAAGGCCCUAGAGCUCUUUGAGAAAAUGAAGAAUCUUGGUGUCAUGAUGAAUGAGAGUGCUUCUCUUGCUGCUCUUAUUGCUUGCAGCCAUCAGGGGCUGGGAGAUGAAGGUCUCAGGUACUACGAGAACACGAUACCAGAUGAUGGCUUUUCCCUGGAUGUGAAACUCAAAGCGUGCAUGGUUGACCUCCUUGGCCGUGUUGGCAAGAUAGCUGACGCUGAAGAUUUCAUAAUGAGUUCUGGAUCAGAAAAUGACCCGAUACUUUGGCAUGCACUAUUGCGUGCUUGCAGAGUCCAUGGGGACAAAGAAAGAUGUACAAAAAUUGGAGAGAAACUGAUGGAACUUGAGCCGUUUUCUGCUAGUUCAUAUGUCAUGUUGUAUAACUUAUACAUGGAUGCUGGAAAAAUCUCAUUGGCUAUGAGGACGAGAGGCCUAAUGAGAGAGCGAGGCAUCAGUAACGAAGCUGGAAUUAGUUGGACCGACUUUGGAGGAUCCAUUCAUAAUUUCAUUGAUGGAGAUAACUCCUGUUCACAUAACACAAUUCACACAACCUUGGAGGAGUUGUUGGUCAGGGUGAAACAGAAGACUGAGCAUGGUGGAACAAACAUUUGGGAGUUAGAAUUCCAAAGCAGAAAGCUUAGUGAGAGCUCAAUCAGCAGACAUGGUGAAUUAUUGGCAGUGGCUUUUGGGUUGACAACUUUGCCAUCUGUUGCUCCUGUAAGAGUUAUGAAGAAUCAGAGGAUAUCCUGGGAAAGCCACGAAACUCUGAAGUUGCUAUCAGAAGGUGAAAAUAGGGAAAUAACUGUCAGGGAUCCAACUCAUUUUCAUCAUUUUACUCGAGGCUCAUGCUCUUGUAGAGGCUACUGGUAAUUGAAGUUGAUGCCUCAUCUUGAGAGUAGGAGACUUACAAGGGUGAGAACAUUUUUAAGGUGAGCUUUCUACUGGCAGAUCAUGGAGUUUUGGACGCAAGCAAACCAAGCCAGAUGAUUCAGUUGUGGUCAGGAUAAGACUAAAGUCAAUUCAACUGAAGUUGCAUUGUUACAGCUUGUGGCUGUGCUUCAUGGUUAAUAGCAUCACGGCUCGAGAUUUUUACUCUGAUGAAACCAAGAAAGGAGAUAAAGUGCUUACUUCCCUGUUAGUUGCAUCAUUUUGACUAGCACACCUCAAAGGUUCUUAUGCAGUAUUUUGUAGUCUCAUGCUAGGUUAUACAGAAUUUUUUCACACAAUCUAGCAGUAGAGUUUCCUCGUUAGGGACUAAUUGAUCACUACUUUAGAAGCAUUCACAUAAUUAGUUCAAAUUGCAUCAAUUUUGAACUAAUUGUGAUAAUUAGUUCAAGAUAUGUGAUAAUUAUCACAAUUAUGUGAUAAUUAGUUCAAGAUAUCAUUCCUCUCAGCACACAAAUUGCGAUGAUAAAGAAAAUAAACCUAGUGCUAUGCCAAGAAGCUCAAGCCUGUAAAUAGACACUUGUUGAACAGAUAUGGACAAUAAUAUAGUUACCGUUCUUUGUAGAUUAA